AUGGUUUCAAUAAGAAUAAAAAGAACAGUUUGUAUACUAAUUCCGCUUUUUCACAUUCUUUUCCUCAAUUUCACACUACACAUCUACUCUUUAUCAACUUCACAAAACCAAAAAUCCACGGAAAAGGUAAAUUUAUCUUCAUCUAACGCUUACUAUUAUAACCAACCUUAUGGCCAGGGCUAUAACUACUACAAUUCUGCCAAUUAUUCUAACAUUCUACCUGACAAUUUGACAAUUGAGGUUCUUCCCAACGACGACGACGACGAUGGUACUUUUAUACUUAAUAAAAUUCUUCAGACGGUUAUCUUAAGUUCGGUUUACUUCGAGAUGCUUAUGGAUACUCCGAUUCUAUAA